AUGUAUGCGAAUAGCGAGUGUAUGCUUCAGUCGAGUGGGUCCCCCUCGGGUAAGAUUGGAAGCCAGCCACCGGGCAGCAGCAACACCGCACCACCAACCAAGCACCGAGCCCACGGCACCACUCCCACCCGACCGAUCAUCGAAAGAGAGCGACAAGUCAUGGCAUCCGGCCCAGUCUACCGUGCCUUGAAAUGCACCCGUGGAUAUGCAACCGCCGCCUCCAAACAGCCACCGAUUCAGUUGCAAGGACUCUCGGGGAAAUACGCAAGCGCAUUAUACUCGGCCGCAAUCAAGAAGGAUGAAAAGACCUUGAGCACCGUCGAGAAAGACCUUUCGUCCAUCCAGCGGGUGCUUUCUAGCAAAGAUGGAUCGGCCAUCAAGCAGUUCCUCCACAACCCUACCCUUCAAGCAAGCGACCGCAAGAAAGGGUUAUCUGACAUGAUGAGCAAACUUGGUCAACCAACCGAACUAACCAAGAACUUCUUCGAUGUCCUCGGAGAGAAUGGUCGUUUAUACGAAACCGAGAAAGUCAUUGAAGACUUUUUGAACUUGAUGAGUGCUCAUCGCGGCGAGAUGACUAUCACAAUCACCUCGGCCCAACCCCUUGAAUCCUCGCUCCAAAGUCGCCUGGAAACCAGCUUGAAGAAAAGCACUGCCGCUGAGGCCAAGACGGUCCGAAUCAAGAACGUCGUUAAGCCUACCAUCUUGGGUGGCCUGAUUGUCGACUUUGGCGACAAGACAAUCGACUUGAGUGUCUUGAGCCGCGUGAACAAGAUGAACGCUCUUCUUCAUGAAUCCGUUUGA